AUGGAUCAACCCAACACCCCCUUGCCUCCCGCCUCCCUCUCUUCAUUCCUCCCCGGGUCUUCGUACCCCUACCCUACCCCUCACCAAAUCAUCAACCCCACCUCUAUCCCCCAAACCCACCUGAAACAUCCACACCGUCUCGAGAGGCUCCACAGCCAGACCCCCUUGCAUUAUCAUCAAUCAUCAUCAUUAUCAUUAUCAUCAUCGCAACAGGCCGCUCAGUACAAGCAAUUUGCCCAGGGGCGAUCCAAGCAAUCGACCGGACAGGGACAAGACGGGACGGCUCUCCGUUCAGUUCUCGGUCACAAGGGCCCUGUCGGCUCGAACGCGUCGCUGACGGGCUCCAGGCCGGCGAGGUCUUAUAUCCGAAGCUGGAGGCGGGAGGUCGGCGAGGCUGCGAGCGGGAAUGUAGAGGAGGAGACUGCGGUGGGGAACAUUCCCAUCGCUCCUCUGCUGCAGCAGAGAGAUUCGGAAUUCUCGACUUGCGAGCAAAGCACUCGAGCCCGGGUCGCAGGGGAGGAAGAACAUACCAGGGAUGUGCAGCAGGAUGUUCCCUUGAACACGUUUUCGAGGGCUGUCAACAAGCUUGCGGGCAGGGAGGACGAGCGCGUCGAUGCUGUCAGACAGGAGACUAUCAAGCAGGAGAGGACGGUCGAACAGAACCAGACCAAGCAACAGAGUCAGGAGCAAAAGAAGGCUCUUGCCGAAAAGAUGGUCGACACUGUGCACGACCUCAUCUGCUCGACAUGGCCUUCGGCCUGCGAGUUUGAUUCGCCUCGUUCGGGCUCGGAUUCCGAGUCCGAGUCGAUGGGCGAAGGUCUCACGGAUGCCGCUCACAACGGGCUCGUCCCGCUCCGAGCGUUCAUCAGGGAGAUCUUGAGGAGGAGCAAGAGUUCUUGUGCGACUUUGCGAUGUGCAGAGUGGUACCUCUUGCGAGUCCGCAACAUCCUUUCAGUCGCUCCUGAAACUUCGUCUUCGGCGUCUAGUUCGGGCGAAUCGGAAUCCUCUGAACCCGACUUGAAACGUCUACCUGCCUCGUCGCCGCUCUUGUGUCCUCGAAGAGCAUUCUUGUCGGCACUCAUUGUCGCCCACAAGUUCCUUCACGACCGCGUCUACUCCAACCGGGCAUGGGCCAAGGUUUCUGGCCUCGAUGUUACCGAGAUCGGCAAGGGCGAACUCGCACUCGCCUGCCUGCUCGAUUGGAAGUUGUGGGUUGGACGCGAAGAUCAGGAUUCGUCCUCGGAGACCAGCAAGCAACAGGACGAGACUACUUGGUUCACUGCUGUCGGUCAGCAAGUCCCCAUUCCCUGCAAGCGUCUUCCCGAGGAACAAUCCGUUACCGCCAGCCCGGCCGAAGUUGCCACCCAGUGCUCCAGUACCGACUCGUCCCCGUCGCACCUCGCUGCAUCCACCAUUUCUACCAUGGACUGUGCUCCUCGUCUGGGCGUACCUCCCGCUGGUUCCGCCUUCUCAUCUACGGCCGGUUCCUUUGCUUUUGUCUCGCCUGGGCAAUGGCCGUCGCGAGGUCGACAUACCGGUCGAACUCGUUCAGUCGAGAACUUGGCCAUGUCGCACUUGUCGACUAGGAUGCCCGGACUAUCCCUGGAUGGCUCGAGCGAUACAUCCGGCAUUAGCCCUUCAAGCUUGCCGACCGAAAAGGACGGAGAGAUUCACGUCAUGGUCAACGGAGAAGAGCAGUUUUCCGUUCAAAUCACGUCCUCACCCGAAAGUUUCGUCGAUCAACCUCGUCCUCGGUGGAACCCUCGAAAGCGAGGCUCCCCUCUCGAAGCCGAGGGUCAAGAACUCGACAUGGCUGCCUUUGUUCAGAACAACUCCGAACUGGCGCACGCCGCUCAGACCGGAAAAAAGCGAAGAGUCUCCAUCAGCAAGUCGCAAACGACUCAGGUCUGCGGCGUCGUCUAG